AUGGAGCAGGACAAGUACCUGCCCGAGCUGAUGGCCGAGAAGGACAGCCUGGAUCCCUGCUUUGUUCACGCGAUGCGCCUCCUGGAAGACGAAAUGGAAAAAUUUCAGGGUUCGGAAGGCAAGAAGGAAGAUGAAGAAAAGAAGUAUCUUGAUGUCAUCAGCAACAAAAACAUAAAGCUGUCAGAGAGAGUUCUGAUCCCUGUCAAACAAUAUCCAAAGUUCAAUUUUGUUGGGAAAUUGCUUGGACCAAGAGGAAACUCUUUAAAGAGGUUACAAGAAGAAACAGGUGCAAAAAUGUCCAUCCUGGGAAAAGGAUCCAUGAGGGAUAAAGCUAAGGAGGAAGAACUAAGGAAAAGCGGAGAAGCCAAAUAUGCGCACUUGAGUGAUGAGCUCCAUGUAUUAAUUGAAGUGUUUGCUCCACCUGGGGAAGCGUAUUCUCGUAUGAGUCAUGCCUUGGAAGAAAUAAAAAAAUUCCUGGUUCCAGAUUAUAAUGAUGAAAUUCGCCAGGAGCAGCUGAGAGAACUUUCGUAUUUGAACGGUUCUGAGGAUUCAUCACGUGGACGGGGCAUUCGAGGAAGAGGGAUCCGUGUGCCACCUGCAGCUCCUUCAAGGGGACGUGGGGGUGCCAUUCCUCCCCCGCUGCCUGGACGAGGUGCCCAAGCACCCCGAGGAGCGCCGGUGACGCGUGGAGCGCUCCCCGUCCCACCGGUGGCCAGGGGCGUUCCCACACCUCGAGCCAGGGGCGCCCCGUCCGUCCCGGGCUACAGACCACCCCCGCCGCCCGCACACGAGGCGUAUGAAGACUAUCCUUAUAUGCCUGUAUCUUUUUUCCCUCAUUCUGUAGCAAAAAGCCAUCAAGGAUACGAUGAUGGAUAUGGGGGUGAAUAUGAUGAUCCAAGCUAUGAGGCAUAUGAUAACAGUUAUGCCACCCAAACACAAAGUGUGCCUGAAUAUUAUGACUAUGGUCACGGAACAAGUGAAGAGGCUUAUGACAGCUACGCACAAGAAGAAUGGGCCACGACCCGUUCCAGCCUAAAGGCACCACCUCCAAGGUCAGCCAGAGGGGGUUACAGGGAACACCCCUAUGGUAGAUAUUGAAGGUCCUCCUCAUCUGUGACCUCAUCUCAAAGACAAUUAAUAGCCUGUGGUCUCCACAUAAACAGCAACAAGACAAGUAAUAGUCCAUUUCUUUUCUAUCCUAGGGAUUACUGCUCAUUAUUAUCCUAUGUACUACUUGUAUUUCCUAUAACACUGGCGUGACAUUGGCAUUAGUAUUAUUUUAUAACACGGACUUAGGAAAACAGAGACAAAAAACCUUUGGCAAACAUUGUCUAUAAACUAUUCAAAGAUGAUGUUCUGUUGGUUGUAUUCAUUCCUGUGUGUAACUAAAAAAGCAUGACACUGUUACAGCUUUUGAGUCUCUCUACAUACUAGUUAAGGCUGAGUUUCUGUUUAGGGUUGCUGAAAGACUGUAAUAUGAUUUUUUUUGAUUUUUUUUUUCAAGCUAGACAAUAAUCAAGCUGUAGAUAAGAUGUUUUAACCUGUCUUUUUUAAUAUAUGUUAGUUUAGAUUAAGAUGCUCGAUAUUAAGUUUGUAAAUUUAAUUUUAAAUGCUGUUUUAAUGGGGUUGAAAACUAGCAGCUACUGUAUGUAUGUAGCUAACUGAAGUUGUUCAGUGUUUUAACCUGUAUUUGUUAAAAAAAGUCACUUAAAGUUCCAUGUGUAAGCUUCUCUAAAUAGGAAACCAUAAUUUUGUCAAAUAUGUUUGCCAUAAUUUGUCAAUAAAGCUGAAACCUUUUGUAACAAACUAAAUUUGGAAUUACUUGUUUUCUAGCUUUAAAUGCCUGCUUUAUUUCUUUUUCAAGAGAUGCCUAAAAUGUUUUUUAUAUAAAAAUUACAAAACUGAACCCAAGCCUGUUUUAAGAUUUUUUGUGUAAGACUUUAAAAGUUGUAUUAAUAACUUCUGGUUGUUAAAUAAUAUAAAAGUUAACAAACUAAACUGUUACAUGAAUCAUGGUUAGUAUCCACUAAUGUAUAACAUGUUAAUGGAAAAAAAUGCUUUAGAACAAUAAAUGGAUUUUAAACUAUC